GGUGGAGACGUGGUAAAAGGAGCAGGAGGCGGCGACAGGGACCCGGGAAGGGGCUGCCACAGGUCGGGACAUGGAUGGAGACGUAGCGACGGGAAAGAUGGUGUCCCCUGCCUACGGCAUGGGUCCUCUGGACAGCCUGGAACUCCUAGACCUUUUGUUUGACCAGCAGGAUGGUAUUCUAAGAAACGUAGAGCUGGCUGAGGCCUGGAACCACACCGGGGAGGAGCAAGUGAGAGUCCCCUUGGUUCUACCACAUUCUGACUCUGAUGACUUCCUAAAUUCCAUCCUGGGACCUGGAGACUCUGACCCCAGCUCCCCCAUAUGGUCCCCUGCUGAGAGUGACAGUGGACUGUCUGAGGAUCUACCCUCGGAUCCCCAGGACACCCCUCCUCGUAGCAGCCCCGGAGCGGCUAACACUGCAGCCAGGUGUCAUCCGAGCGGGCACAGCAAGGGGCCCUGCUCCUCCUACCUGCCCGGCGCCCCGUGUCCCACACCUGCAAGGACUCAGGUCCUGGAGUCCUCGGUGGCUAUUGACCUGGACAUGUGGAGCACAGACGCACUGUACCCAGAGGAGCCGUCCAGUUCACCUUCCAGAUUCAACCUCACGGUGAAGGAACUGCUGCUCUCCAGCGGCGGGGACUUGCAACAGCAUUCCUUGGCUUCCUCCCAGCUGCUGGGAUCUGGGAGUGGGCACUGCCAGGAGCUGGUACUGACAGAAGAUGAGAAGAAGCUGCUGGCUAAAGAGGGGGUGACCCUCCCCACCCAGCUGCCUCUCACCAAGUAUGAGGAGAGAAUGUUGAAGAAAAUCCGCAGAAAGAUCCGGAAUAAACAAUCAGCUCAGGAAAGCAGGAAGAAGAAGAAGGAAUACAUUGAUGGUCUGGAGAACCGGAUGUCAGCAUGUACCGCCCAGAACCAGGAGCUGCAGAGGAAGGUCUUGCAUCUAGAAAAGCAGAAUCUGUCUCUUCUGGAGCAGCUGAAACACCUACAGGCUCUCGUGGUCCAGUCGACCAGCAAGUCUGCCCACGCAGGCACCUGCAUAGCGGUCCUUCUGCUGUCCUUCGUCCUGAUCAUCCUCCCCUCCAUCAGCCCUUUCGACUCCAACAAGGCCGACAGCCCUGGAGACUUUGUGCCAGUGCGAGUGUUUUCCAGAACCCUUCACAAUCACGCUGCAUCCCGCGUGGCUCCCGACAGCGCCCCAGGCUCCGAGGGCCCAGGACCCUGGCCAGACGUUGGCACACCCCACAAAGGCUCUCCUUCUAGCAGCCUUGGUGCAGACUGGGGGAAUUUUCUGGAAAUACCAAUGCUGAGCAACUCGACAGAAGAGCUAGACAACUCUACCCUGGUGCUGGUCAAUGCCACGGAGGACCUGGGCGUGGCCACUCUGCUGGACUGGGUGGCUUUGGAAUCUCUGCUCAGCCCAGGCCGGGUGGGCCUGGAGAUGCCAGGGGUGGAGAUGUGGCUGUCCUGGGUACCCAGAUGGCUCAGGGUUCCUCUGGUGCGGGGUCCCCUGGAGGUGCUGUGACCGGCAGUAGCAGGCCCAGACUCACAGAUGGGCUGACAGCGCCUCCUCCAUAAUCUGAUCCCCCGCAUGUCUCAUCAGAGUGGGGCUGCCAGGUCCAAGCAGAGACCCGUGUGCAGGACAAGAACUAGACACCUUUACUCAUACUGACCCUGACAGGCAGACACACACCUGAGCCAUGACCCCCAACCCAUGGGGCCUUCCCUGUCCCCUGAUCACUGGGGACCUGGGCUCCCCAACACCAGCAUGCGAACGUUACAGUGGACCCAGCGCACAGACAUCCACCUCCCUUUUUUCUUGUAGGGACAGGGUCUUAAUCUGCAGACCAGGCUGGUCUCAAACUCAAAGAUUCUCCUGCCUCUGCCUCCUGGGUACCGAGUUAAAGUCAUGAGCCACCACCACCCAAACACCCCCUUUUCUAAGACUGUUGUGACCAUCAAUAAAGUAUUUUGACAA